AUGUUGCCAAGGCUUGUUCAUCUCCUCACUUUCUCUACCGUUGGCACAGCGUUAUACGUCACACGCGGUGCUCAGUCUCAACAUGAUACCACUAUCACUGGCGGCAACUUGCACGAGAGAGCCGCAACUCUGGCUCCCAUUGACACCAGUCCUGCUGAUGGAAUUACCGGUGGACGGGUUACCAAUAGCCUACCACCUCUGGACUCUUUCAUUGUGGACCUGAAGCCUCCAUUUCCGACCAACACCUGGUGGGCGCCGUACCUCGCUCAACCAGGUGACCAAAAUGCAGCCGGCCCUUUCCCCUACCAGUCAUCGCUCGGUGGCUCUGGUGUGAAGUUUGGCGUCAGUACCGACAGACGUUUUGACGGCACUUCCAUCCAACAGCCAGUGCGGAUUGACUGGCUGGCUGGGUUCACCGAGCACCAAGGGUCGUUUAGUGGACACAAAGCCACACAGUUUGAUGAGCAAACUGUGACGGUUCAGUAUUUCCAGGGAAACGCGCGAAUGAACGCAUUCCUCGUGCCAGGAUCUCCCUAUAUGACAUUUGAGUACGAGGGAGCCACACCUAAGCUGGAGCCGCAAAAUGCUUCCAUAAAGUCGUUCAACGGAAAAUCCGUGGGCGAAGGCAGUGCUGUCACCGAAUCCGGCACAGUCUUCACCGUCACAGACACUGAAGGCGCCGCCUAUGUCAUUUACGCUCUGGAAACUGUUACCCUUAGAGCAUCAGCUGAUGCCAUCACAGCAGAUGCCGCCUACAAUAAUGUCAUUCGCCUGGCCAAAGUCAGCCAAGAGUCGCAUCGGAUGUUAUUGGACCAGUACCACAGCGCGUAUCCGACCGCAGCUAAGCUUGAGUAUGAGCUUAGCAACACCGAAGGUGCCAUUGUCUUUAGUUGGGAGACUGUAGGAUCUGGCGAGUUGCUCAUGUUGACGUGGCCACAUCAUCGCGAGGUCAUGCAGAAUGGCAACUUUCCUCCUACCUCUGCGCUUGGCUACUUGACUACCAAAGGGUGGAUGUACCCGGCUCUUGGAAAGCAAUGGCGCCUGACGUAUAAGCUCAGCGACGUUGUCUGGAACCCAACCCGAAAGCUCGAUUCUUCAUGCUCCGAUGCUGUCAUCAAAGGCUUGGAAUAUGAGGUUGGCCAGCUAAAAACCUCCGAUGCUCCAGUGCCAAACGACUUUUACUACUGGGGAGGGACGCUGGCAGCAAAAGCUCGACUGGCAUUGAUCGCAGAUGACCUUGGUCGACAAGAUCUGAUUGCUCCUGUCAUUGAUUACCUGAAAACGUCAUUUCAACCCUGGUUCGAGUCCUCUCACACGACCCAAGCCGCAUACGAGACAGCAUGGGGAGGCAUCAUCAACAAAGCCGGAGCAACUAACGAAUUCGUCGAUUUUGGCAACGGAUACUAUAAUGACCAUCACUUUCACUACGGAUACGUUCUCGCCAUUGCCGCCACCAUUGCAAAAUAUGACCAGGGCUGGUUAAAUCAGCAUAAGACGUUUAUCAACUGGUUUGCCAGAGACAUCAUAAACGCGUCGCCUUCAGAUCCUCAGUUCCCUCAUACUCGCUGCCGAGAUUGGUUUGCUGGUCACUCCUGGGCAUCUGGGAUCCUGAACGGAGCUGGCAGUCGCAACCAAGAGUCCUCAACCGAGGCGGUCAACGGAUACUAUGGAGCCAUGUUGUGGGCAUCCGUUGCCAUCAACCAGGACUAUGCCAACUUCGCUAAGUUUCUUGUCGCUUCGGAACAGCAAGCAACUCGGGUCUACUGGCAUCUAUACCCCCAGAAAAGCCCGCAAGAUCUUAGCAACCCUUACCCCGAAGAUGGUCUGAGAAAUCUUGUCACAAUUGGAAACGUGUUGGACUGGCAGAGCGGUGCCUUUCUUUGGUGGGGAAACCAGAAGGUGCAGAUUGCCGCCAUUCAAAUUCUACCUCUCAUCCCGAUUAACGAGGCUUUGUAUGAUGAAGCCUGGGUUAGAAACACGUGGUCUUAUACAAUGCCCGAGCUCGUUGACCCGGCUUACGGAGAUGAAUGGAGAAAUCUCAUUGUGGCAGCUUAUGCAAACGCUGAGCCUCAGAUCGCGGCGGCUUGGAGCUCAAACAUCACGAACUGGGGUCAGUCCAAGAUCUUGAUUGAACGUGCAAGGCGCGAAGGAUCACUUCACUUUAUCGGCACCCGUCCCAACCCAAGCGGUCAGCCCAUCUGCGGCAACUUGGUACAGAACCCCAUGGGCAACUUGAGAGUUCGAGUCGCGGGCACUGAUGACUUCGUUGUCGUCGAAAGUGACAACAUCCUCAAGACCGGCGCAGAGGGCAACGCUGCCGUCUUCGACAGUGCCUACGUUCCUAACUCGGGCACCCUUCAACUGACUAGCACAGGGCGAUACGUCACCGCUGAUCAGUCGGCAGGCGGCCCUCUGACGGCUGGGGCCGCAGUAGCUUCAACUUGGGAGCGGUUUACCAUCCGUCCCAAGACCAGCGCUGGGUCAGGGGUGUACACGAUCAAAGCAGCGAGCAACGGUCGGUAUGUGGUACGUGGUAGCGAUGGUCGAUUGGUGAACAGUGCGGUCAGUGAGGCAGACGGUACAGGGUUCUCUUUCGUUUAG